UAUCUUAUCGUAAUCCAUUUAACUCCUUUCAGUUAAUCAGACUUACUUUUAUUUAUGGAAAGAAAUAAAUUAACGGCUAAAUGUCGUGUUGAACGUGUUCGUUAAAAUGUUUCCCAUUAGAUUAUUGAAUUCAGGCAUUCUAAUUAAACCAAUUUUUGUAGCAAACCAAGGAGCGGAACUGUUUAAAAGGAUUUUGGUUCAUAUUUCGCCACCCCCUCCCACCCCCUGGAUUUUGAAAACAUAGAAUUUUGUGAUGUUAGUGGAAAUACUGAGCCAACAUGGAAGGCCCACGAUUUAAAAUUUACCAAACAUGUUUUGCUAUGAUUAUAUUUCUUGGGAUCUUGAUUGUUACUUUAGUCUUCAUAUGGACUAAAGUUUAUCUUGGAGGCUUUGGUAGAUCAGAUGAUCCUUUACAUCACUUCAAUUACCAUCCUGUGUGUGCAGUUAUAGGUCUUGUAAUUAUUUACGGUAAAGGUAUUUUAUUAUUCAGGACAGUUAGCAAGAAGCAAAAACAUAUACUGAAAUGGCUUCAUACAAUUUUGCUCCUACUUGUUUUUAUCCUCUCAGUAAUAUCCUUAAAAACUGUGUUUGAUUCACAUGAUAAAAGACUUGUUCCAAUUCCCAAUUUGUACAGUCUGCAUAGCUGGAUUGGACUUGGUACAGUAAUACUAUUUUCCAUGCAGUUACUUUGUGGCUUCCUUUCUUUUCUGUAUCCUGGUAUACACACCACCUAUCGCAGAUCUUACAUGCCUUAUCAUCGAUUCUUUGGAAUCACUAUCUUCGUCCUUGCUGUGAUAUCUUGCCAUUCUGGAAUAAUGGAAAAAGUAAAAGGUUCUCUAGGAAAAGAAUACCUUAACUUGCCACCAGCAGCAUUUGUGGCCAAUUUUUUAGGAGUUACAAUCACAAUAUAUGCUGUUUUGGUGGUCUUCCUGGCUGCAAUGCCUCAGUUUAGAAGAAUGCCUUUGUCAGAUGAAGACACAAUUCUUGAACUGCAUGAAACUAUUUAAAACAUUGAUUUAGAUCACAGCAAAUUUUAUUUUACUGAUUUAAAUGUGUAUUUGCCCCUCUUUACUGUUUAUACUAAUGGCAAUAUCAAGAACUCAAGUGAGUUGUGAAUAUUUGGCUUAAGUUAACAAUUUCUAAGUCACAAAUCAUUGAAUAUUUGAUAUACAAGGGGGAUUUAAAAUUGUUUUUACAAAAGGGUUGUUUCCUUCCAUCAAAAGUACUACUUUUAGUCACUGAGCUCGAUAGAAUAUGCAAAAAAAAAAAAA